CUCCUACUCUGUACUCCGUACCUCUCUCCCACCACCCACGAACCACACCACCUACUGGUACCGUCCAUUCAACUCUCUAUCCUGUCCAUUCACAUCGUCUGGUGUUUGUUGGCAUUUUAUCCAGUAAAAGCCUCUAGUACCGAGCCUUUACGGAAACAUCCUCCCUCACGCCGACUAAAACUUCCGCCUAUCCAAUCGCUCGUCCUGCGGCAGGCAGAGCAUCCAUUUCAUUCGUCUCGCUGCUUUCCCACCUCCGCCUUACUACCUAGGUAUCGGCACAAAGGUGCAUCAAUCAUCAGACCGUCCCGCCCCUCCCCAGUCGCGACAUCUGCGUCUGCAUCUGCAUCUGCAUCCGCCUCCUGCAGCUGUCCGUCCCGAUCCUCGUCGCAAACGCGUCCCAAAACCUGCGCUGUACACAUCCACCCGCGCCGAGUCUCUGGCUGUCGCUUCCUCUGCCACAGACAAUUCGUCAUUCGUGCCUCGUGGUAGACCGCCUCGAUUCGCACUCGCCCCGUUCUUCUCUCACCCUGCAACCCCCGUCCACCCACUCGCCCUAGAGGGAGUCCGCUGGGGGAAGGAAGCCUGCCGACCGGAAAUCAUUUUGGGCACAAACAGCGCAAGAGAAGGCGAUCGUCUGACCAACAGGUCUCCCCCCAAGUGACGCAGGCCAGCAUUAGGCACUCUGCGUCAGUGUGUGACGUGGUCAAGGUUAGCCAAACAUUCUCUCGCCUUGCCAUCCGGCCGCUGCGGCUAUCCUGAAACUACAUCAUGUCGACCUCCCCACCCAAGGAGCCCGAUGUCGAACAGAGCGCACAGUCUGGCGAAGAGCAGGAUCAUAUGGAUCGCGAACAAGAAGGACAAGCUGGCACCGGUCUGGGUGAUUUCGAGGUCAAGGAGCAAGACCGAUGGCUACCCAUUGCAAAUGUUGCCCGAAUCAUGAAACAAGCCCUCCCCGACAACGCCAAAAUCGCCAAAGAGGCCAAAGAGUGCAUGCAGGAAUGCGUCAGCGAAUUCAUCAGCUUCAUCACCAGCGAAGCAUCCGAAAAAUGUCAACAGGAGAAGCGCAAGACGGUCAAUGGAGAGGAUAUCCUAUUUGCCAUGACCUCGCUGGGGUUCGAAAACUACGCAGAGGCUCUCAAGAUCUACCUGUCCAAGUAUCGCGAAACCCAAUCCACAAGGGGCGAGAAUCAGGCCAGACCUACCAGCAGCGGCUACGGCGGUCCCGUCGGCGGGGGCAGUGGCGGCGGCGGCAGUGUCCAGGGCUCUGCCUCCGCCUCCGGCGCUGCAGGCUUCACCGGGCAAGCCGAGAAUGCCAGCGAACUAUUGAAUCCGACCCACGGCUUGAACUCGAACGAGAACGAAGCAACCAACGCGUACGGCUACCCCAGCGCCGUGUCCACCGGCCACAAUGGCAUCUCCAACGACAACUUUUAGUGCAAGUCCAGUCCGUCCAGUCCAGGAGACACAAAAAAAAGUCUACAAGACUAAAAAGAAAGUGAAGGUGGUUACGGGUCAGCAAGUGAUCAGGGUGUACCAUCUGACUGUUGCCUCGGGCACGGUCUUUGGGGAAUGCCAGGUCAGGUAGAGCGAUGGACAAGCUGGGAGAAAAGACGAGAGUGAAUAGACAGGAGGUCGAGGUCUCUUUUGUUUCUGUGCCUGCUGAUUGUACAUGAGAGGAAGAAAGUGAAUGAAACCAUACAGGGAUAGCAAGGAAUGGAUGAAUGGAUUUGGAAGGUAUAAAAGGGGGCUGUCUGACUAUGGCAAGAUUUCACUACGCACUUGGGCAUGGGGUUGGACGAAACCAUCAUUUGAUACUGGAAGAGUUAUCAAACUGAGAUCGAGGACGAGUAUGAAAUAUUUGGUUGAGAUUAGUAGCUGGAAUAUGAGGAGUUGUUUUUACUAUGAUCUGACACGGUAUGGUAGCUGAUACAAAUA